GAAUAAACUUUUAAAGGCGAAAAGAGUCGGAAUUCAAAUGCCUAACAUAUGCCAUGGAUAUGCAAUUCCAGUUUGACAACACUCUUUAUCGCCAAACGCAUGGUGUAGCUAUGGGCAGUCCACUUAGCCAGGUUUUAGCAGAUAUAUUCAUGUCCAACCUUGAUAAAACAAAGUUAAAGCAUGCAAUCGACAAAACAACUCCUUAUUGCCUAUAUGUCAAUGACACAUUUGUAGUGUGCAACAAUGAAAGUCAUGCUUCCUACUUACUCAGAUUAUUCAACGACGCACAUACCAAUACUGAAUUUACUAUCGAACAUGAAAAUGAUGGAAAGUUCCAUUUCUUCGACAUUACCAUGUAACGCCUAGAAGAUGGUAGUCUCCAGAAGUCAAUUUACCGAAAGCCUACAUGGAAAGGACAAUACCUACAUUUUAAUAGUUUUGUCGAAAUAGCUUUAACAAGCACUAGUCAAGACUCUAUGCAAUAGAGCUACGAGAUUAUGCUUUACAGAGAAAUUAAAGGAAGAAGUGUUUUUC